AUGAGUGAGAAUGUUUACUCUCUUAAACUGAAGUAUUUGAAGAAGCUUGAGAAAUAUCCUUUCAAGUCUGCUGAAGAGGCUAAAGAGCUUGGGAUGGAAGAGUACGACGUAGACUAUCAAAAGGAUGCGAUUGCAUUAGAAACACCGUUUUCAAUGAAGUCUACACAAAGGAAAAUAAGUGUAGAGGUACAGGAGAGUGUAAGUGGCACUGAGGAUUAUUUUUCGUCCGAAUCAUCUGGGGAAAGCACGGAUUCUGAGGACUUUAUUGGAGACGUGUGCUUUGAGAUUGACUUGUCUGUUAGAGGAAAAGAAAUAGUUAGGGAUUCGCCGAUCAGUAUUAUUCAGGGACGCAAGUAUGGACUAGUUGGAAGGAAUGGAAUAGGAAAGACCACUCUUUUGAAGGCGAUCAGAAAAAGGAAGUUUGGGAUUCCGAGGGGACUCAAGAUAUACAUGAUAAAGCAGGACUCGUUUGUUGAUGCCACAGUUGAGGAGUUUGUUGGAGUGAAUGCAGGAAGGAUACUGAAUGGGCUUGGAUUCAAUAAGGAGAUGAUUGCAAAGAACAUGCAGGAUUUAAGCGGAGGAUGGAGGAUGAGGGCUCAUCUUGCAAAGGCAAUAAGUAUGAAUCCUGAUCUUCUGCUUCUUGACGAGCCUACAAACUACCUGGACAUCAAGGCACUGAACUGGCUUGAAAAGAAGAUAUCUGAGCUAAAAACAGUUAUUAUUGUAUCACAUGACAGAAAUUUCUUGAACAACACCACGGAAAUGAUUAUGCAUCUGAAUGAUUUGAAGAUAGAUGUAUAUAAAGGAAAUUAUGAAAGCUUUGUGAAGCAAAGAAGUGAAAAGAUAGCCUCAAUAAAGAGAGAGUAUGAGAAUCAGCUUACGGUUAGAGAGCAUAUGCAAUCAUUUAUUGAUAGAUUCAGAUAUAAUGCAAAGAGAGCAUCACUUGCGCAAAGCAAGAUAAAGGCACUUGCAAAGAUGCCUGUGCUGGUACCGCCUAAGCAAGACCCUGUGAUAAAGUUUUCGUUUUUAUCAACGCCGUGCCAAGGACUGCUUGUUGAGUUUUCGGAUGUUUCUUUUCAUUAUGGUAAGCCAAUCUCAGCCGAUACAAAAAUGAUCUUUUCUGGAUUGAACAUGAAGAUUGAUUCAGGUUCACGAAUUGUGAUUGUAGGUAGCAACGGACAAGGUAAAAGUACAUUUUUGAAGAUACUAGCAGGAAGGCUCGAGGAGGCUGAAGGAAGUGUAGUGAAGAACUCGCAUUUGAAGGUAGGAUACUUUGCACAGCAUCACGUGGAUAAUUUUGACGUAAAUGAGAAGGUGUUGGAUCUGAUGAUGAAAAGCUAUACUCUAGGAGAGAGUAAAAAGGCACUGGCAUCUUUUGGACUGAAUGUUGACAAUCAAAGAAUUGGAACUCUUUCUGGAGGACAAAAGAGUCGUCUUGGAUUUGCAUUGGUAAAUGGGAUGAAACCAAAUCUACUAAUUCUUGACGAGCCUACAAAUCACUUGGAUAUGGAGUCUAUUGAUGCAUUGGCUGAUGCCCUCAGAAGGUUUGAAGGGUGUGUAGUGUGUGUAAGCCAUGAUCUGAAUUUUGUAAGCUCGGUAUUCAAAGAAGUGUAUGUGUGCGAAUCAGGCAGCAUUAAGAGGUUUUAUGGAGAUGUGAUUGAAUACAAGCAAAAGCUGGGUGACUGA